UGCCCGGAAUGAAGCCGGAGCAGCGGCCAUGGACRCUCCACCUACAAGCAAAGGCGAAGAACUUCAAUUUUAAAUUCAAAGCAACGAAAUACUUACCCACUUGCUACAAUUUCUUACACUUCUCUAUUUUCCUCAAGAUUUCGCCUCUACUUAUCCGAGUGAGUUCUGAUAAUAAACCGACAACCACAAGCAGAUCAUUGAAAUCGAAAAUUAUCGGAGUGAUUGAGAAAGUUCGAAGUAGACCCACCAAGAGAAAAGCUUUUGCUGCUCCCAAGCCCUUGAGAAUCAAACGGUUGAAAUGGGUUUCUUGUGAGGGGACAAUAUGUGCUACCACUGUGGUGAUUGGGAACCUUGCUCUUUUGAUUCAGUCAAUCUCUGAGAAGGAUACAAAAGGGAUCAUCAUUCAUAGUUUGAGCAYAAUGUUGUAUAUCCUGAAACCAUUAAGGACAUCUAUAAGGACAAACGCGAGUAAGUUUAUGUUAAUUUCAAUUAUAGUAAUGGUGGGAUAUCCUCUUUGGUUGCAUUUGCAUAUGAAGRGCCAUUCAAGUUAUGCYGAAAGAAUCAUUGUUUCAAGAUACAUUAGGAAGGCUUGGAAAUGGGCUGCUUCUAAUGGGUUUUUAGGUGUAGUUGCGCAGGUAAUGUAGAUUUGUUCGGAUGAUAUUGUAUCUGAAAAUGCUACUACUUAUUUCUUUCUGAUAUCUUGUUGCAAGAGAACUUUUUUCCAGUUUCAGAAUUAACUUAUAAUGAGAGAU